AGGGAGAGGAGCUUCCCAAACAUGAGUUAUUUUACUACUACGAUCCCAUUUGACCAAACUGAUGAGUUCUUCCAAUGCCCUUCUUUUGAUUCCCACCAACAACAUCACCAAGUUGAUGACUAUGAUGAUAUCCUAUGCCAACUUUCUUCUCCUCCAGAUGGGAACUUCUUCAUGGGCGAGACGCUCGAUGAUCAUGACCGACAGGGUAAUAAAAUGUCUUCUGCGUUCGAUAAAUCCAUGGCUGGCGUAAAGCCUAAUGUCAACACCAACAAGAACAAGAAAGUCAUACACAGAGAUAUUGAGAGGCAAAGGAGGCAAGAAAUGGCUACCCUUUAUGGAUCUCUAAGGAAACAACUCCCAAUUGAAUUUCUUAAGGGAAAGAGAUCUAUUUCUGAUCACAUUCAUGAGACAGUCAACUUCAUAAGGCAUAUGCAGAACAAGAUCCAAGCGCUAAGUGACAAGAGAGAUGAGCUGAAGGGACUGUCUGAUUCGGGUGCUCCUACAGAUGCACCUGAAUGUUCAAGAAAUGCUUGCUCUCGGGAUGACACUGUGAUGGUCCAGCCUUGCAUGGCAGGAGUCGAAAUUCUCAUAAACACCGCCUCGCAACAAGGGCUCCCUCUAUCUAGAGCAUUUAAAGCAUUGUCCGAAGAAGGAGUAAAUGUGAUCAGCUGCAAUUCGAUGCAAGUGAGCGACAGGAUUCUUCACUCCAUCAAAGCCGAGGUAACCAAUGGAGGAAAUAGCAAUAUGUCUGAGCUGCAACAAAAAUUGAUGAAGUUAACAACUUGAUUGUUCUCAGAUUGGACAGGAAUCUUAGUUUUGUGAACCUUUCCUCUGGAUGACAUGAAUCUUAAGUAUGUCUUCAUAUCCUUCAAGUCCUUCUUCCAGGCAAUUUUGGCCAGGAAUUGGUAAUGUUGGCGACGGUGCUUUAUUAGAAUAUGUGAAUGUAAUAAAUUAAUUAUUGCACAUUCUUGGUGUACUCUAUUGAGAAACGAGUGACGUUGCUGUGCUGAGUUGUCUUUCGCGUA